AAGCGAGUGAAGUGUUUGGCUGGGCAUUAACUUAUUGUUAUUUUAUAUAUAUAUUUUUUUUACAAAUCUUGAUUGUUAAGGUUAAAAGCGUACAACGUGUUCUGAAAUUAACAUGACAGAUAAGUGCAGCACAGAGAACUUUUGGUCCGCUGCUGAUGUCUGGAUCAAUAAACCACACGUUGUAAACAAGAGACUGUCUGGCGUAACAGAGACGAAGUACAGGGAUGUAGACACUUCAGGUUUAAACCAGGUAUUAUCUACUCUUCUGGGGAGCAGUAUUGAGAUCAGCCAUAUUUGUCAGUUUCUUCGCGUCGAUAAUGCGAAUAAGGAGCUUGAUACUGCAGGACGUUGGUGUGUUGGAGUCAGAACCAUUAUUCCCAAAGUGACCAAAACGGCAGAGUGUAACGUUAUGUACAAAGACGUUAUUGUUAAAGAUAUUGUUGGACAUGCAGUGACAUUUAUCCCAUUUGAAGAGAUUGCUGGACAUGUUACUCUCAAGAGCAGUAAUAUUUAUCAAAUCGACCUGAAGCCUGAUGAAGGGAUGUUUUCCCUUCACGUGCUGAGACCUGAGCAAUGGUACAGUGAUGGAAUAGCUUAUCCUAAACUGUCUUGGCUUCGUACUGAACUUCUACCUAAACUGUCCCGGUGGUCUCUAGAGAGCAAAACCUGUGUGUUUAAGAGUACCCUGUCUCUCAUACCGGUGGACAAAUACAGUAUGCUCUACCAGCAGCUGAAACUGAAAUAUAAAGAUUUAGUAAAGGUCUGGCCAGAAGUUACCGAUCCACAGAAGUUUGUGUUUGAAGAUGUUGCUAUUGCUACGUAUCUGUUGGUCUUGUGGGCGGAAGAGCGUGCUGAAAAGGGAACAACUACCAAACAGUCCUUCGUGGAUCUUGGCUGUGGAAAUGGCCUCCUGGUUCACAUAUUAAACAAUGAAGGGCAUCCUGGAAAGGGCAUUGACAUUCGCAAAAGGAAGAUCUGGGAUUUGUAUGGGCCUGGUACACAUCUAGAGGAAAAUGCCAUCACACCUAGCAAUGGCUUUCUUUUUCCCACCACAGACUGGCUGAUUGGAAACCACUCAGAUGAGCUCACACCAUGGAUACCUGUUAUAGCAGCUAGGUCAUCUUACUCGUGCCGUUUCUUUGUGCUUCCUUGCUGCUUUUUUGACUUUUGUGGAAAGUACCAACGAAGACAGUGUACAAAGUCUCAGUAUAAGGAGUACAUUGACUUCAUCACUGAUGUAAGCACAGUGUGUGGUUUCUACGCAGAGGAAGACUGUCUGAGGAUACCGUCCACUAAACGGGUAUGCAUAAUAGGCAAAGGUAGGAGGUAUAGACAGGCUGAAGAAGCUCUGGUAGAGGAGAGUCGAAGUAACUAUAUAAAGGAACGUGAAGCCAUGUUGACAAGCUCUAGGGACAGUUUGAAUCCCAGUCAGUGUGGCCAUGAUGAUCUUGAUCAUAAUGACACUGAACUGAAUAUUUCAACACCUGCCAACGACUGGGUGAGUGGCUUCCAAUUGAGGGAAAAGACAGAGGCUGUUAGAAACUGUGCUGCCCUUCCAAGGAAUUUUGUGGAUGCUGUGGUUCUGAAGGUGGCAAAGGCAUUGCUGACUCUAACAGAGAGCAGCAAUUGUGGUGACACAUGGAACAAAGGAGGUAGUUUGUCAGUUAGUGAAGUAGUCGAUCUCCUGGAUCAGUCUACUCUGCAAACCCUUAAGAAAGAAUGUGGUGGUCUGCAGACUCUACUAAAAAACAACCACCAGGUGUUUAGAGUUGAGGGUGGAAGAGUAUUUAUUAGGGACUGGAGGAUGCAUACACCAGCACAAAGCUCCAAAGUAACUCCAAAGCGCAAACCCACUCCAUCAGGUGCCCUAAAGACCAGACUCUGCUGGUUCUUCACCCACCAUCCUCACGGAUGCCCUUUACCCUGUGAGGACUGUGCUUUUGCUCAUGGAGAGACUGACUUGAGACCUUCUUUAAAACCCCCAAAAUGAUUUUUAUCCGAACAGAAAUUAUUUUUUAGCUUUUUAAUAGCAUUUAACUUGAAAUUUGGAAAGUUUUAGUUUAGUUUAAGAUAUAUUCUGCGAAAAGAUAGUUUAAUCUAUGCGGUGUGCAGAAUUUUUAUUUUAUUUAUUUUUUGCAUAGGUUUUUUUAUGCUUUGGUAACUGAAUUAAUUUCUGUUGCAUGUAAAACAUCAAUAUAUUAAAAUAAACAAUAAAAAUUGAACAAUAUA